UGGUGGCGUGGCUGCUGUCCGGCAGGCAGACUCCAGGCCCGUCCCCCCACACCACCUCCACUGUCCAUGGAUUUUGUUGCUGGAGCCGUUGGAGGAGUCUGUGGUGUCGCUGUGGGUUACCCGCUGGACACGGUGAAGGUCAAGAUCCAGACAGAGCCCAAGUACAGGGGCAUCUGGCACUGCAUCUGGGACACGUAUCGCCGGGAGCGGGUGCGGGGUUUCUACAGGGGCCUCUCGCUGCCCGUGUGCACUGUGUCCCUGGUCUCGUCCGUGUCCUUCGGCACCUACCGCCACUGCCUGGCGCACAUCUGCCGAGUUCGGUAUGGUAGCAGUGACGCCAAGCCCUCCAAGGCCGACAUCACGCUCUCAGGAUUUGCCUCUGGCCUGGUCCGCGUGUUCCUGACCUCGCCCACCGAGGUGGCCAAGGUCCGCCUGCAGACACAGACGCAGCCGCAGCCGCAGCAGCGGCGCCCCUCCCUCUCGGGGCCCUCGGCCGCGCCCCCCGCGUGUCCUGCGCUCCCCGCGGGCUCAGGGCCUGGGCCCAAGUACCGAGGGCCUCUGCACUGUCUGGCCACGGUGGCCCGUGAGGAAGGGCUGCGGGGCCUCUACAAGGGCAGCUCGGCCCUGCUCCUCCGCGACGGCCACUCCUUCGCCACCUACUUCCUGUCCUACACCCUCCUGUGCGAGCGGCUCACGCCCGCGGGCCGCAGCCAGCCAGACGUGCUGGGCGUGCUGGUGGCCGGGGGCUGUGCCGGGGUCCUGGCCUGGGCCGUGGCCACCCCCAUGGACGUGAUCAAGUCGCGCCUGCAGGCGGACGGCCAGGGCCGGCGGCGCUACCGGGGCCUCCUGCACUGCGUGGUGAGCAGCGUCCGGGAGGAGGGGCCCCGCGUCCUCUUCAAGGGGCUGGCGCUCAACUGCUGUCGCGCCUUCCCCGUCAACAUGGCGGUCUUUGUCACCUACGAAGCCGUGCUGGGGCUCACGCGGGGCCUGGCUGAGAGCUAGUCCCCACGCCCCAGGGCCAGCCCGCCAGCGGGGCUGGAGGCAGCGGCUGGAGUGUCGCCCUGUUUCACCACCGCCUUCCCCCCGACCCCCCUUGCGGUGGCCAGAGCCAGCCGUGCCUGGGGCUUCGCUCGCCCGGCUGCAGACCGCCAGCCAUCAGCCCGGCGCUGGCUUGAGGGUCUCGUGAGCCAGGGAGGAGUGGGCCUCUUGGACGAGGACAUUUGUCACACGGAGUCGUUCGAACGUCUGGUCAGUUGGUCGUUCCAGCAUCCCCGGGGCCUCCCCCUGCCAUCCGUGUCUUCAGGGCACCCCUGCCCUCACCCCGUGCCUGCUGGCCACCCUCCCCGUGAGGCCCCCGCCCGGCUCCCUUCGGCUGUUCGCUGAGCUCUGACGCACCGCCGGCUUGCUCCCCAGCACCAGGCUGCUCAGAGAGGGCGCCGCCCGGACAGCCACGACCAGCUUGGUGCCAGACCCGCUCACACGCCCUCGCUUUGCCCGGAGAGCCCCGAGACUCUGCAGGGAGCUGUUGACAAUAAAAUGACUUUGUUUGAAUGUG